UUCAACUUUACUUCACCAACUUCCUUUCUUCAUGGCAACUUAUUGUUACAAAGCGGGUAAAAGUUGACACCAGGCACGGUUGUCUAACAAACAAUUAUAAAAAGGAUGAUACAGUGCAGCCGGUUGUCACGGAAAUUGAGGAAAGAUGGGCAUGGAGAAUGCUGGCUCAUCAAGCACCGCUACCGCUCCAGGCCAUGAAAAUGCUCCUCCUCUACCUCCUAGGCCCGCUCAAACAUCAGGAAAUGACUCUACCGCGACCACGACCACGAUAGAAGGAUCUAAUUUACAAUCGAAACCUACUACAGCUAUCUCUUCUAUGAAUAUUCAAACUCUCUCAUUUCCUGAUGGAUCACGCGGUACCUUCUCAACGACUAAUGAGAAUAAUGCCGGAGAUAGCGAACAACCUACGCCCGCAAAUGUCGGUAUGGCAAAUAUAGGGUUCAAUCCUAUUGCCGGUGACAUAGAUGAGUCUAUGAGCGUGAUGAGCAUAGCCCCGACUCUGCGGCCACCAGGUGACUUGGAAAGUUUACUUGUUGGAGAUGGGAGCAAGAAAAGUGCCGCGUGGACUCUCUUACGCUCGCAAUAUGCCGCUGUUCCGCCUUUUGAAAGUAUCAAACUUGAAGAGGAUACAACCCUCGCUAAUUUUGCCGACGAAUUCGAUGAUAUACCGGAUGAGUCCGAGAAGAACUGGAAUGACGAGGACAGGGUGAAACUUUGGAAAUCGAAAUUGAAACACUUCAUGAUUUUAUCAUCUGCUGGAAAACCGAUUUACAGUAGACACGGUGACCUAGGACUGAUUAAUUCGUCGAUGGGGGUUGUACAAACUAUCAUCUCAUUUUACGAGGGUGCAAAGAACCCUCUUCUAGGAUUUACAGCCGGAAAUACGCGGUUUGUUAUCGCGACAGAGGGUCCUCUCUACUUUGUUGCCAUAAGUAAGCUUGGAGAGAGUGAUUCUCAGCUGAGGGCUCAACUCGAUGCACUGUACAUGCAGAUCUUAUCCACCUUGACUCUUCCCGCCCUGACCAACAUUUUCGCUAAUCGGCCAUCCACUGAUCUCCGAAAACCUCUGCAAGGAACAGAGUCCUUACUUUCGUCCCUAGCCGACAGCUUCACGAGAGGAUCCCCAUCCGCUUUGCUGGGAGCUUUAGAAUGUCUAAGGCUCAGAAAGUCACACCGACAUGCCAUCAAUAAUGCAUUCCUAAGAACAAGAACCGAAAAAUUACUCUAUGGUCUAAUAGUUGCUGGCGGAAAACUUGUUAGUGUAAUUCGACCACGCCGCCAUUCCCUUCACCCCAGUGAUCUUCAACUCAUCUUCAAUAUGCUGUUCGAAUCUGGGGGCGUAAAAGCUGGGGGAGGCGAAAAUUGGAUUCCACUCUGUUUACCAGCUUUCAACAACCGAGGAUAUCUCUAUAUGUACGUGAGUUUCCUAGAUGCUGAGCCGGAAUCCGAAAGGGACUUGACCGCUGCUGGUGAGGAAACUGCAGUUAUCUUAAUCAGUACGGAUAAGGAGAGUUUCUUUGAUCUUCAACAGAUGCGAGAUGAUGUUGUGGUCGAAUUAAAGAAAAAGGGCCACCUCGAUAUUAUUAAAACGGCAGUGCAGCAAGGACGUGCAAAGAUGAACGACAUUGCGCCAGGAACACACAUCAGCCACUUUUUAUUCAAGUCAAGGGCUAAUGUCCAGUUCUGCAUGCCGUCUCUCCUACCAACCUUCAGCAGCCUAGUGUCACACAGAAGGCUCAUGUCUCUUUAUCAUAAUCUACAUUCAACCCUUCAUGCCAAACAUACUCAUGUAAAGGUACUGCAUUGUGUCGGAGAAGAUAGCACCUCGCUUGCUUGGAUUACACCAAUUUUCGAAUUCUACUGCGUUGCGGGACCCAACGCAUCUCGAGCCGUCAUAACACAAGGAGCAAAUAAGAUCAUUCAAUGGGCGAAACGAGAAGAGGAACGGUUGUUUAUAAUAGGCGGAGGCGUCUUUUGAAUUUAAAUGACUAUGCAUUUCUAAGAUACCCUUUUUCAGGAGAACAACUGCACAAAUAAUUUGCAUUUACAAUUCCAAUUCAAUCUCAAUCCCAUACUCCAUACUCCAUUCCCAUCCCAGU